CUUCGACUGAACACCGUCCGUCGCAACAGUCUGCGAAACCCCACUCUUGCCGAAGAUUCUACUACUACUACUACUCGCAACUGGAACUCCAGACGAGCGCAGCAUGUGCGCUCUGCGUCAUGAUUUUUGGAGCCAAGUCCCUCGUUACUGUUCCUAGCCGCGAAGAUUACGGCUCAACUCACUUUGGCCAUUCAUUUGUCGACACCAACAUUCAAACAAUAUGGUCACUCUCAGAUUCAGCCUUUCUCCUGAAGGCGUCGCGAAGAUUCACGACAUGCUUUUGUGUUUGGCCAAAUUUAGCGAGACUGUCUCACUUGAGGCCCGUAAAGAUAGCAUCUCCAUAAGCGCACUCAACUCCUCAAAGUCAAGUUAUGCGUCAUUUUCGCUAAACAGAAAUUUUUUCAACGCCUUCAAGUUUGCUCCUGAUGGCAUGGGUGGGAACGUAAAGUUUACCUGCUCGCUACUGAAUAAAGCUUUGCUAUCUGUUUUCAAGGCACGAACGAAUGAAGUUAGGAAUCGGGAUACGGCUAUCUCACGAUGCGAUGUUAACGUGCAAGACUCCGAAGACAACGCAGAAUGUCGACUUGUAAUCAAGAUGAUUUGCGCUCAUGGUGUCACGAAAAUUUACAAACUGUCGUAUGAGUCUAUCGAAGUUGUCCAUGCAUUAUUCGACCGCAACACAGCAAACAACCAUUGGACGACACGAGCUUUAUUUCUGAAAGAAUUUUCGGAGUACUUCGGCCCCAAAGCUGAACAGCUCGACAUGUACCUUGAAGAUGGAAAGAUGACAUUUCUGAGUUUCACAGAUAAGAUUGUAAACAGCAAGAAUGAAAUUCUAAAAGCCCCACUGAAAACCGCCGUUUCAGUCAACAUUGCCGACUUUGAUGAAUUUGACGCGCAAGAAAAGAUGCAUAUCGUGAUAAGUGUGAAGGACUUCAAGGCUAUAGUAUCGCACGCCGCGACCAUUGGCGCCAACAUAUCAGUCUUUUAUACUAAGCCUGGCCGUCCCCUACAAUUUACGUAUACGCAUGAAGGUAUAACGUCAAACUUUACGCUUAUGACAGCUGGUGAUUAUGGGGAUGCAACAUCGACAUCUGCAGAAUCUUCCGCGGCACAAUCUCGUCAUACAGCUCAAGCAAUGACAGUUGCCAAUUUAUCCGCGGCUCCUACGCUGAUUGAGGCCAGAGGAGAAAUGCCUCCACCUGCAAGACCAGAGCGUCCAAAAACUCAUCGUAGACUCGGCCAAAAUGAAAGAAAUGGGGGAACAAGAGCUGAACAACAGGAGACGGAUGAACAUGAAUCUCUCUUUGUCCCUGCUGAAGAUGAUGAUAGUCGCUGGGAUCCUACGGAGUUCGAGAAUGACGAGGAAAGUAUGGGAUGGGAUGCUAGCGUCCAUAAUGAUACUGGCUUCCAACCGACGUUUCGUGACACUCAGACUUUCUCAAGGCAACAAUCAAUGGAUGAGGCUCUAGAUGGCUUGCCGCCGACACAACGCAUAUCACAAAUUCGAGGCUUGUGGUAAAAUCUACUCCGUAUGUUCGUGUCAACUUGACCGCCACGCCUUAUGUCGAAGGCUUAGUAGUGGAAAUCAUAGGAAAAUUUCGGACAGAGAUCUCUGUCUGAAGAUAUCGCAAGACACGAUUUUCCUUCGUUGAACUGGCGCCCUUCAACUUCACAUCUGAUGUUUACGAUGAAAGCUUUGAUUAGUUGUUACGCAGAGGAUUUUCACGAAAGCCAGAGUUGCUGCCACGAAUCUCCCUUCCGUUCCAUCACAUCUUUCUCUCGAAAAUAUGUCAAUGGAAAUGCUAUAAUCUAGACUCAAUAGCUGGUUUGAACAUUGUCUACGGAUUGACUCGCGUGUCAAUUGGCCCUUCACUUUGAGAUGGCGGUUCGUCUUGAAAGAGAGAUUUGUUUUGAGCCGAGAAAUGACUUGAUAUUGGAAAUCACACCGCAGAAAAUUAGAAUCUUCUGGUCUUCUUUAGGCAGAACUCCUGCAAGGGCAAUCGAAUGCGUGGAACUUCUGUGCAUUAACACUAAUUUCGGUCCUGGGAUGAUCUUUCACCAGGAUAUGGCAAAGCUUCUCCGAUGCUCUCAUAGAAAUCAAGUUACC